AUGCGAUAUUUGAUUAAGCGAAAAAUUUUACAGUUCGGUAUAACUGAAAAUCAACUGUGCGCCGGAGAUUAUGAGAAUGGGGGAAAAGAUACAUGCCAAGGCGAUUCUGGAGGACCGUUGCAAAUAAUGGACGAUAGAGUGGAUUGUGUGAAAUCUUUUCCCUUGCACAAAUUAGUUGGAAUUACCUCGUUUGGAAGAGACUGUGGGAGGAAAAUGGUGCUAGGAGUCUACCCAAGGGUUUCCAGAUAUAUAAAAUGGAUUGGAAACAUAGUAUGGCCUGAUGAUGAAAUAUUAACAAUCUAUAAGUUUUACAAUAAC